UCCCAAUCCAAUAAAAUGGAGUCAUGCCGGCUAAGACAGAACCAUUCUGAACACAGGAUGCAGAAGAACCAGGCUAAGAAUACCAGAAUGGCUGAGAGAAGGAGGAAUAAGUUUAAGCAGUUAUAAUUGUGGGCAGAAUUAUGAAAAGUAUCACAGGAGUUCCUUCUUUGAAGAUGCUGGAAGGGAUCUUGGGAGGAGAAGAAAGUGUCAAAAGGGGGAAAUGAGGGAAGUUGAGAAAGGAGCUGGCACAGUCUAGGAAAGGGAAUAAGCAUUUAUUGGACUUGGUUGAGAGGGAAGUUGAUUGUUUUAUGUCAAAAAAUCUGAUUUUGACUUAUAAGCAUUUGAAAGAAAUUCAGAAUAAGGUAGAGAGACAACAGAAUAUAAAGAAUGGGGCUGAUAAAGGAUAUAAGAAUGUUAAAUUAAAAACUCAGAGAAGAGAUUUAUCUAAUCAGAAUGUGUAUGACAGCGAAUACCAUAAUCUCUCUGAAGCAGGUAAGAGAAAGAACAGUUCUGUUACACCUCAAUUGGGAAGCUAUCAAGAUAUCAAGAAACAAAAUUCAAAUCAAGACUUAAAUAUUCUCCCUAAUAGCAGAAACUCAAAUUACAGCCCUGCUAAUCACUACACAAAUCAAACCUUUACUCAGCUUCCUCUUGUUCAAAAAUAACCAAAAAAAUACCUCUCGGAACCAAAAAACAAUCCAAACUCAAAUUCCGCCAUUAAAAUCUCCUCAGACACCUUCAAAAUCAAAUUUCGGUCUUUUACCCAAAACUACCUACUCCUCUAGCAGAAACUACUCUAAAAGACCAACUAAGAGAGAGCAUUUAUAUAGAUCGUUAGAUUCGAGGAAAUAAAAUCCAACCAGUCCCAAAUGUCUUAAAUACGAGCGAGACUCUACAAAAUAUGGAGAUUUCGAAUACUGGCUUGAUUGAUCUCUCUAAGAUUUCAUGUAAUACUCAGAAACAUCUUGUCGAGCCUUAUAAGAACCAAGGACCUCUUAUCAGGCUUCAGAAUCCAACUAAAGCUAACGGCUGGUCAGCUCUCCAAAAUUUUUCUCAAGUCCUACACACUCUUCGAACCAAGCAAGAGAAACAACAAAAGUUACAACGAAUUUCUGAAAUCCGUAAGAACCUGGACUCUCAAAUAAAGGAGCACAGGGAUUUCCAAAAGGAGCAAGGAAGAGAGAAGCAGCAAGUUGCAGAUACUCUGGCUUCAGCGCAUGAGAGGUCAAAACGGGAAUUAUCAAGGGAAGCUCAUCAGAGAAUUAUGAAUAUGAGGAAGGAGAAGGCCUUCUUUGACCGCCAGAUUGACCAAAUGAAGUCUAAUAGAAGGCUGUUUAAGGACCAGAAACUGAAGGAAGAGAAGGAGAUGUUAGAGCAGGUGAAGAGUAAGGAAGAGAAAGAGGAAAAGCAGAGGAAAGAGAGGCUUAUAGAGCAAAGAGAUGAGUUUAGGAAGAUUAUUGAAGAGAAUAUGGAUAUGAGACAGAAGAAGUUGGAUGAAGCUAGGAGAGAGAAGGAGGAGGAUAAGAAGUGAUUGGAGAUGCAAGAAGAACUCCUUAUUCAACAAGAAUUGAAAAGAAAGAAGGAGAGAGAAGAUAGAUUACAAAGAGUUGAAAGACGAAUGCAAGUUCUUGGACAAAAUAUAAACAACAUUGAAAAACAGAAACUAGAAAGGGAAGAAGGCAGACUCAAUAAAGAAAUCCAUCAAAAGCAACAAAUCGAGCAUCAAAAAGAGCAACAAAACAAAGCUAAAAUCGAACAAAACAAGAGGGAAAGAACAGAUGUAUUAGAAAGCCAAAUCAGGAUGAAGGUUAACGAAAAACGGCUUGCACAACAUCGGAAAUACGCAGAGGCUCAACAAAUAUUACAGAAUGAUGAAAUUGCACAAGCCGAGGAGAAUUUAAAGGUCAUGAUCAAGACUCAGAAGGAGAAAGAAGUUAAGAAUUCCCAACCCAUCAAGCAAAAACAAACGGAGAUGAAUGAUGAGGAAUUUCUCAUGAACAAAGAAAUACUCAAGAAGAUCAGUGAUUGCAGAGAAGACCUUGAAAAUGGGAAUUCCGUCCCAGCUAGAUUAAUUUUUAGCCCUUAUUAG